GUCUCCGGGGGGAAAAGCAGAUGCACUAUUGGGAGGCUUGUAGGGAGCAGAAACCACUGGGAGGGCACUAAGGCUUCCUGUGAAGGCAAGUCAGGGUUCCAGGGUACCUCGAGUGGGAAGCUGGGGCUUCAGAUGGAGGCUGGUUGAAUGGUGAGCAUUCCCCUCCCCUGCACCCUUUCUGCAGGACCAUAGGGUCCCGCAUUGAACCCUCAAGGAGCUGCAAGAAGCAAUCAGGCUGUGGCCAGUAAGGUACAGGCACUUGGGGAGGGCACAGCUUUGAAGUCUCACCUGGGGCUCGUCUACACUUUCUGAGCGAAGCGCGGAGCUGUCUCCCGUGCCACGUGAAUGCCUGCGCUCGCCCCGACUGGGACCCCGGGAUGCGAGUGUUUCCCAGGCGGUGACGCUCUUGGAGCUUUCUACCGGGCAAGAUGGACAAUGACACCGGGCUCCCUGUCCAAGAGAACUCCACCAUCCCCAGGACCAUGCUGACCUCCCAAAUGGCCCAGGGCUUGCUUCCCACCAGCAUCCUCCCGCUUGCUGGCACAGGCCUCCCCACCAGCGGGGAUGGCCCUCCUUUCAGCAGAGCCUGGAACAGCUCCCAGGACAGCCAGCAGCUCUUCCUCACCACCCCCCUGGCCCGGGGCAUCUCAGGAUUCUUUGUGUGGUCAGCCCUGGUGCUCACCUGCCACCAGAUCUACUUGCACUUGAGGUUCUACACCGUGCCCAAUGAGCAGCGCUACAUCAUCCGCCUUCUUUUCAUCGUCCCCAUUUACGCCUUUGACUCAUGGCUCAGCCUCCUCCUCCUGGGAAGCCACCAGUACUACGUCUAUUUCAACUCCGUGCGGGACUGCUACGAGGCAUUUGUCAUUUACAGUUUCCUGAGCCUCUGCUUUGAGUACCUUGGGGGUGAGAGCGCCAUCAUGGCUGAGAUCCGUGGAAAGCCCAUCAAGUCUAGCUGCUUCUAUGGCACCUGCUGUUUGCAGGGGAUGUCCUACUCCAUUGGCUUCCUCCGGUUCUGUAAACAGGCCACACUCCAGUUUUGUAUUGUGAAGCCCAUCAUGGCCCUCAUCACCAUCAUCUUGCAGGGGUUUGGCAAAUUCAACGAUGGAGAUUUUAAUCCCCGCACUGGCUACCUCUAUGUCACCAUUGUCUACAACUUCUCGGUGAGCCUGGCCCUGUAUGCCCUCUUCCUCUUCUACUUUGCCACCAGUGACCUUCUCCAACCCUUCGAGCCCGUCCUCAAGUUCCUCACCAUCAAGGCCGUCAUUUUUCUCUCCUUCUGGCAAGGGAUGCUGUUGGCCAUCCUGGAAAAGUGUGGGGUGAUCCCAGAAGUGCAGAUCAUUGAUGGGAAUGAGGUGGGGGCUGGGACAGUGGCUGCUGGCUACCAGAACUUUAUCAUCUGCAUCGAGAUGCUCUUUGCAUCCAUUGCUUUACGCUAUGCCUUCACAUGCCAAGUGUACUCGGAGAAGAAGGACAACUCACCAGUGGCUGUGGCUCCCAUGCAGAGUAUUUCCAGUGGGCUCAAGGAGACCAUAAGCCCUCAAGAUAUUGUCCAGGAUGCUAUCCACAACUUCUCACCUACCUACCAGCAGUACACUCAGCAAUCUAUGCAGGAGGUCAAGAUACAGGGGCAGAAUGGGAACUCAACCCUGACAUCCCAUCUUCCUGGGGGGAAAAAGAGCAAAAACAUAGAGAAGAGGAUGCUGAUCCUGACCGAUGAGCUGUAGAGGAGUCUUCAAGGGAGCAAGGACUUCAGACCCAGGGAGAGCCUUCCAGGGACUUCCCUUUAGCUCAAGGAGCUGCUCUUGGACAGUAGUCAACAUACCCCAAGUUCAUGUGAACUGUGGGGGAGAGGGUGGUGAUCCUCCCCCCCCCCCAUCCCUUCUAACAACUCAACCUGAUUGUUCUAAGAACCAGUCCUGAAUAUGGGAGAGGAAGAACAUGAAACUACUCAGGAGCUAUUCUUUUCCAAGACUAGUUCCAUCCUACUGUGACCAUGGAGCCUGCAGUCCUUCUCUGUUCUCAUAUCUGACCAACUCUCCCAAAGAGCAGAUUCUUUCAGUGAUCUACACUGUGCUUCCCUGAUGAGCUGCUUUGGCACAGAGCUUUACUGGGGUCAGUGUCUUUAUCAGGAAGCCAAGAGAGACCCACACUUUCCUUUACAUUCAUUAUUUAGCUCCUAGUGGGUUCCAGGAACUGAGCUAAGUGCUGAGUAUACAAAGACCAAAAUGACACCGUUUUUAACACCCACAAGGAACUUACAUUCUUCUUCAUAAAAGGACCUCUGAUUUUUAAUAGGGAGUCUAAGAACUGGGGUACCUCUAAGCUGAUCUGAUUUCUCUCUAUGUGAGAGCAAGACUCCACCUUUGAUCCAGAGAUCCCAACGUGGGAUCUUUUGCUUGGCCACUUUCUUGGGAGAGUUACAGGUGGCAGCAGGAGAGGAAAGGAGAAGAAUCUGUGGGGUACCCUAAAUUUAGGGUGAUGCUAGGACUUUCUCACAUGCCGGAAGCAGGAUUACCCAGAAGCCAGUGGGCUUGGAAGAUAUUUUUCAAAGUUCCACCCCCAGCUACCACCAAGAACUAAACCAUGGUGAGGGACUGCAUGAGCCAAGCAAGGAGCUUUGGAUUGGGAUUAGUCCUAGGUGCCACCCAAGACUUGUUCCAUCUCCACAUCCUGAAGUGGACUGAACCAGGAACCCAGACCUCAAAUGCAUGAGCAAGAGAGGGAGGGCUGUCCCAACUAGAGGUUUGUAUCUCCUGGAGAUCUAUUGCCUUCUACAAGAUGAACCUGUCUAGAUCUGCCUAAAAGCAGAACCACAGGUGAAUCAAGAACCCAUUCCUGCUGCUUUUGAGCUGUAUAAACAGAUGUAGCAGGAAGCAGGAAGGAAGGGGGAGAAAACUUGUUUGGGAUCAACCAAUUCAGUUCAGUUUCAACUCAACACCACAAGUAUUUUACUAAGUGCUUAUGGGAUACAAAGACAGAAAUGAAAAAACAGCACCUGCCCUCAAGGAACUUCCAUUCUACUGGGGGAUAAAUACAAGUAAACAAGAAGGUGGGAUAGGUGGGGGAAAGAAUAAGCACUAACCACUAGGCUUCCAAAGCCAGUAGUGGCACUCAUGAGCCAGGGAUCCUAAGAAACUGGGUCCCAAGUGAUGGGGGAGAGGGCAACUUACGCCAAGGUGUAGAGGAGGCAGGGGGGAGAAUGGAGCGCAGGAUGGGCAAAUAGAUGUUCCCAGAUGUGGGUGCUGGGGACCUAGAACUAUCCCCUGGACAGAUGCCUCUACUCCGGGUGCAUUUAGGGAGGAUUAAAAACAAAACCCAGAACCGGAGCCCUUUCUCUUCCUGUCCCCAAAGGCGGACAGACUUCUGGCCAACGUUAAUAUUGGGGUGCUGGGGGGAUUGGUAAGUGAUGGGGAAGUGAGCGUGAGGGAACAGGCUUUUGAAUUCUGUUCUAAAGACUGGGCAACCCCUAAAUGGCAACGAUCCGGUGAAAUCUCCCUCGCCAGUCGCCAGCUUGGGAAUCCUGGGGUGCUUCCUAGCCUGCUCUCCUUUCCCAGCUGAGGAGCGAAAGAAAUGCCCCUCGAGUCACUAGCUUCUAAGUGAUGGCUUUUAUUUACCUAUCAAUCAUUCCCCGCCCCUCCCCCCCAGUCGAUUCCUCGGUUUAGGAAAACGUCCCGUGGGGGGUCAGAGGGGGUGGGGGAGAAGUCCGGGAAUUCUCUUCGGCCACCCCCUCCCCUGGUUUUCCCCAGUCCUCUGCCGGCGGCCGGGCGCGGGGAGGCGCUCCCAGCCCGAGAGGCAGCCCCACCUCCCCUUUACUCCGCGAUAGUUUGGGGAGGUGAUCUCAUUUUCUUCCUAUAAGGUCAUUCGGAGGCCAGAGACUGUUAUCCCUUUUUAAUUGGGAGAAAACCGAACCCUCAGAACCGGUUCUGAGCAGUGCCCAAGGCCACCCCCGGUGAAGGGCCGGAGGGGAGGGGAAACGAGAGUGGCAGUGCGAGCGGAUUAGGAGCGGACCCCUGGGACUACCUGGAGGCUAGAGAGUUCUCCGGGCUGCUUCUCAAAUUCUUUAGGUCAGUGUCAGUUUUCGGGUCAGAGUUAGUCGAAGCGGAAAUGACAGUCUCGAGAGCAAAGAACUCCGAUUCCCAGGGGCACCCGGGGGAGUGGGAAUCCACCCUGCUCCGUUCCCGAAGCAGCCGGCCGGUCCCCACCCCUCCCCCACUCCAGGCCGGCCCCCUCGCGUACCGACAGCCGGACUCGGAGAUAAGAGACUUUCUGCUCAGCCUCUCUGCUCCGCCGCCUGGGAAAGUCAUUCCCUUAUCGCGGCAUGUCCGCAGUCGCCGGCGGCCAGCCGGGGAGUCUGCCCUUCCCUCUCCCUCUCGGGUGGGACCGCACCCAUGUUUCUGCUUCCCUGAUCCCAAGAUCGGCAGAGGGGAGACGCCGUGCCCCAAAGUCUACCAGCCAAGUCGGGCGGGCUUCUGUCCGAGACCCCGCCGGACACGAAACGUUCAGGGGCCGGAAAGGCAACAGGAAAGAAAGACCGGUCCGCGCGGUCCUCUCAUCCCGAGGCGGCAAGAAUGGCAGCAGGUGCCGCGGGAAACGCUGGUCUUCCGCAGUUCCCCAGGAGCCGGGUCCUUCGGAGGCGGGGAGGGGGGGCUUUAGCUCAGUUCGCCGAAUACCUUUCCUUGGAGAGGAUGCAAUAAAACCCCUUUUCUGAGGUGGAAUGGGGGCGGGCCCUGCUGUAUUAGGCAAAUGAAACCUCUGGGCUUUGGAAAAGGCUCUGGGCCUAGACUAAGGGGACUCGUGUUCCGAAGGUGACCCUGAAUCGUUGUCCCUGGAAGGCCUGGGUGGAAAGAUGUUUGAAAUUUGCUGGGCAAGUCACUGAAUCCAUCCCAGCCUCAGUUUCCUCGUCUGUAAAAUGGGGAUAAGAGCACUUAACUUACAGGGCUGUCAUGAGGGACAAGUGAGAUAUCACGUUGUAGAUCUUAAAGCCAUACAGAGGGGCCCGUUAGUAUUAUUUAGAUAACCUAAAAUGGAACCAAACUGGCUCUGCGUCAGCCCCAGACACUGAGCCCCCAAUUCACCCAUGUGUGUUGAAUACCACAGGUUUGUCUCAAAAGGAAGUGUGGCCUAGGAGGGGGUCUCUUUCAUUUCCUCUAGCCAUCUUGGCUUUGCUCUUGGGGGAAAGAGAAAGUAAGGCCCUAUUUUAAGUCUGGUGCCCCUAAGCUGUCAAUGGCUAAACCCCUAGUUGCUCUGAAUCUUGCUACUGGGAGGUAGUGAGAGGGGUUCUGGAGGGGCCCAGGAGGCCCAAGCUGGCUCAUCUAUAAGAGGAGGGGGCAGGCCCGAUACCUGCUAAAGCCCCUUCUACCUGGGUUGUUCCAUGAGCCUUUAUCCAAGGCACUGAGGUAGAACUUCGGCUAAGUCAUUAACUGGAUGUUUUCCCCUCCUUAGUUUCUUUUGUGUUUCUAAACCCGAUCUGAGGUGUCCAGCAGCCUGUAGGCCCUCUCUCUCAGCAUUCCCAAAGGGGGCCUGAACUGUAGUUGAUGGAAUUGGGAGAUGUUGAACACAGUGAAUAAAAAUAAAAUAAAACAGUCGUGUCUUCCUCUUGCUA